AUGUCUGGAAAGAACACCAACCAAGGCCCGGUGGCAAAAGUUAAGGGAGAAAUCGCGAGCAUGCGUCGUUUCUGGAAUGGAUGCGAUAAGCCUACUUCAGAGGAGGUGAAAAAGCUCAUUGUUUCCACAGGCAUGGGAAUCAUUGCCAUCGGUGUAACGGGCUUUGCAAUCAAAACUGUAAGCUACCCUGUCUUCCGUCUUCUUAGCGGCGCAAGCAUGAUGUAA